AGAAUUUAGUGUGAAACAUUGUGUGCAGUGGAGGGGCUGACAUUAGCGGAUUCGGUCGCUCGUUCAAGAUCUCUUGAAGAUGCUAACAUUCGAGUGGGUACUCUUGCUGGUUGCAGCCUCGCUGCUAACGGGUUAUAGCGCAGAAGCUAGAUGCUCAGGGUUCCUUUGUGACAACGGGAGGUGCAUUCGCGAAGGGUGGAAAUGUGACAGAGAAGCUGAUUGCCCUGGUGGGGAAGAUGAACUUCAGGGUUGUCCCGUUCCUGAUUGCGAUGAGGAAACGUUUUUGUGCAAGCCAUUGAACAGUUGUUUACCCAAACGGUAUGUCUGCGACUUGGACAAUGACUGUCCCGACGGGUCCGACGAAGCUGACUGCGAAAGUCGCCCUUGCGACGGCUUCAAGUGCAAGAACUCUAAGUGCAUUAACGGCUACUUUCAAUGUGAUGGCAAUGACGACUGCAGAGACGGUUCCGACGAAGAGAACUGCCCUGUUCUACAGUGUGGUGACCCAAAGUUGCUCUGUGAACCCAGGAAGAUGUGUCUUCGGGAAGCGGAUAUCUGCGAUAAACACAGCGACUGUCCCGAUGGCUCAGAUGAACGAAAUUGCGAGGAAUACGACUGCGGAGAGUCGAGAUUCAAGUGCGCUAACAACAAGUGCAUCAACAAAGACUACAAGUGUGAUGAGGAGGAUGACUGUAGUGACGGUUCUGACGAAGUGGACUGCCCUCUGCCCGAGUGCGAAGACAGUAGGCAAGUUUGUGCACCUAUGUAUACGUGUCUUGAUUCAACCGAUGUCUGCGACGGAACAGAGGACUGUCCUGAUGGUUCUGACGAGCGAGACUGCGAAGAGUACUGGUGCGGCGUAGGAAUGUUCAGAUGUGCAAACCACGAUUGCAUUAAUAAUGCCUUCAAAUGCGACGGAGACGAUGACUGCAGCGAUGGGUCCGAUGAGGAAGGCUGUCCCGUACCCGAGUGUACCAAAAAGCAAUUCCUUUGCAUACCAGGAAACCUAUGUUUGUCAGCGAACGACGUCUGUGACCACGUAGUAGAUUGCCCAGAUGGCUCCGACGAACGCAAUUGCGAAAGCUCCGAAUGCGACGGGUACAAGUGCGAUAACAACAAGUGCGUGAGGGACGAGUUCGUCUGUGACGGAGAUGACGACUGCGGCGACAACUCUGAUGAAGCAAAUUGCACAAAUUAAGAUUGAAAACUGCUCCCUUGCUCUGCAAUCUCCCACGCUUUGAUUGUGAAUUUAUGUAUGUUACCGCGAUAAUUGGGACCCGGUCCUACUGAAUCAGCUGAUACAUUGCUUUUCUUCAGUUGUCAACGCACUGUUUAUUUUAUCUUCGGUUUUGCCUUGACAAGUCAGCCAGAAAGGACGGCUUGCUAUUCCUUGUAAAUAAUUCCUUAGUGGGUAGUCAUGUUCAUGGGGUAGUUAGAGUAAGGCGAUGUGGGGUCAGAGGUCGUCGGCCGUCCGACGUGAGUCGGUCUGGAUGUGCUUUACUACAAAAUGACGCUUAGCCAAUGUCGUAAGUGUUCUGAAUAAAUUUCUAUUGGCUUCAA